CGGCCAUUGUUGGCAUCGCAAACAGAUCACCAUGCAGAAAGUCAUUCAGAGAACGGCGCAGGCCCGGAACCAGGCCACGCGUAAGGCCAUCCGGGCGGCCAAAGUCGCCGAACGCGAAGAAUACAAGGACACUCUCCGCCAGCGUUUCGCCUACAAGCGCAUGGAGCUGGACAACCUCCGCGAGGAAAGGCUCCGACGCCGUGAAGACUGGAUGCGUGGACCUCUAGCCCCCCAGCGUGAUGCCGCUCUCUCGGGAAGCAAGUUCGGUGCCCUGACGCCGCAAGCGUUGAACCCUCCGACCGUUCCCAAGCAUCUCCGGAGGAAAUACAUUAACAUCGCGGCGGGAGAUCGGGUGUGUGUGAUGAAGGGCAAGGAUAAGGGCAAGAUCAACGAGGUCGUGAAGGUGGAUGCCAGCAAUGAGACGGUGUUGGUGAAGGACCUGAACAUGGCCGAUAUCUACUUUCCCGAGUGGAUGACCGACCAGUACGGGGAAAAAUCCCCCUUCCAGUCUGUCAGCAUUCCCUUGUCCUUGGACGAUGUUCGCCUUGUGGUCGCUCUCGAUGACCCAGUUACCGGCCAAACGCGAGAUGUACUGGUGGAGCAUGUUUAUGGCGGAGGGCCCAUCCUCGAACGUGGCUACGGAGUCGAGACCCCUAAACACACCAGAUAUAUUGCCGGUGAAGACAUUGAGAUCCCCUGGCCUAAGGUCGAGCCCCCAGCGCCGAAGGACGAAGAGUGGGAUACCCUCCGUAUGGAAGUUGAGACGCCAACUUGGCUGCCAUCGCUUCAGUUCGCACCUUUCCCCGCAUCGGUCAUCGAUGAGCUUCGCAACCCCUACUCGAAAUACCGAACCAGGCACGAUCCUGAGUGGGUGGAGAAGAAGUUGAUGGAAGACUACAAGCGGGAAUAUCUUCAAAGUCAGACUUUGUGGACCCCCUUGGCUCACCUACAUCAGGCGAAAAACGCGCCAAAGACCUACAGACCUCCGCAAAAAGCCCGUCCGAAUUACAAGAUGGAUAAGAUGACAAGAGGAUUCAUCGAGGCUUUCUUGGAGAAGAAGCAGGCGGCCACGACGAACGCCUAAGCACCUGGUGGUAAUAAACUGGCCAUUGGCCACUGAUGAGAGCAAUUGCAGCUUCAUGGUGGUCCUUUUCCCCCCUUUUUCGCGACGUUAUUUCCGGGUUCCAGGAUGGGUGUACAUUAGUGCUGUUUGUAGCAUAGAAUAUGACUUGUAUUAAG